UGCUCAAGAUUAUUUUAUUCCUAUGCUCUUGACUUUCUCUUCCAAGGUUUAAGGAUAUCUUGCAUGAAGAAGGAGUCUGAGUUGCCUCGAACGCUUGCAUAUUGUAAAUCUUUCUUGUUCGCCAAUAAGAAGUGUCACUAGGUUUAAGGAAUAUAUUUUCUCAUACUAAUAUAUUACUUUUAUACUCAUUUUGUGGUCCUUGACUUGCCCAGCCAUGUCGAUCCUCGGUGUAGUGGUGACCUGCCUCAUCUCCACGCUCGUCUGUGAUUCUCAAGGGUCAUACAUCUUUCAGCAGAGGACUCCAGUGGAAGCAGUGGAAGGAAGCAAUGUCGUUUUAAUCUGCAGGAUGCCUUCAAUAACUUCACCGGACUUGGUGAGGUGGUACAAAGGUGAGGGUAGUCAGCGCACACACAUCUUCUCGCACCUGCCCAAAGCAGGUGACAGAAAUGAUGCUCGAGUGUCCUGGACAGGGAAGAAUCCUGGGAUUGAAUUUAGCAUCGUAAUAGAAGACGUCAAAAUCAGUGACACAGGAAAGUAUUACUGCAUUAAGUAUGCUGAUGAAAAGGGGGACACAAUCUCUGAUGAAGGACCAGGAGUCACCCUGACUGUCACAGGGUCAGCCAUCUUUCAGCAGAAGUCUCCAGUGGAAGCAGUGCAGGGAAGCAAAGCCAUUUUAAUCUGCAGGAUGCCCUCAAUAACUUCACUGGACUUGGUGAGGUGGUACAAAGGUGAGGGUAGCCAACGCACACACAUCUUCUCGCGCCUGCCCAAAGCAGGUGACAGAAAUGACGCUCGAGUGACCUGGACAAGGAAGAAUCAUGGGAUUGAAUUUAGCAUCGUAAUAGAUGGCGUCAAAAUCAGUGACACAGGAAAGUAUUACUGCAUUAAGUAUGCUGAUGAAAAGGGGGACACAAUCUCUGAAGAAGGACCAGGAGUCACCCUGACUGUCACAGGGUCAACCAUCUUUCAGCAGAAGACUCCAGUGGAAGCAGUGCAGGGAAGCAAAGCCAUUUUAAUCUGCAGGAUGUCCUUAGUAACGUCACCGGACUUGGUGAGGUGGUACAAAGGUGAGGGUAGACAACGCACACACAUCUUCUCGCGCCUGCCCAAAGCAGGUGACAGAAAUGACGCUCGAGUGUCCUGGACAAGGAAGAAUCAUGGGAUUGAAUUUAGCAUCGUAAUAGAUGGCGUCAAAAUCAGUGACACAGGAAAGUAUUACUGCAUUAAGUAUGCUGAUGAAAAGGGGGACACAAUCUCUGAAGAAGGACCAGGAGUCACCCUGACUGUCACAGGUGAGCAUUCGCAGAGUCCCGUGGAAGCAGUAGAAGCAAGUGGCCAAAUAUUAGUCUGUGUCCAUCCCAAGGAGACUUCAGAGGGACAUGUGAAAUGUUACAGCAGCCAACAAAUACAUAUCCGUACUUCAGAUGACCAAGGAAAUGAGAAGGAUAUCUCCCAAAUAGCUUGGACAGAGAAGAAUCUGAGCAGCAAUAUCACCCUCACAAUGAGAGAUGUCAGAGGCAGUGACUUGGACGAAUACUGUGAGAAAUACAAAAAGAUGUCAAAUGGCAAACCUCGAGGCUCGGACGGCCUUCUGCAAAUGACAGACGUCAACCAACCUCAGAGCUCAGUGGAAGCAGUCGAGGGUGGCGAUGUAACAUUAACCUGCAUCUUGUCCAGUGAGCUUCCACUGGGACCAAUAAAAUGGUACAAAGAGGUCGGCAGUGAGCGCACACACUUUUACUCAGCAGUCCCACACAGAGAUGAAAAGAAUGACCCUCGAGUGGCCUGGACAAUGGACAAGGUGACUGUCGACUACAGCAUCACAAUAAGAAACAUCAGAUUCAGCGACAUGGGAGAGUAUUACUGUGUGAAAUACAGAAAGGGAGAGGAAGACAAACCGUAUGCCUCAGGACCGGGGGUCACCCUGACUGUGAGGGGCGCAUAAUCUGGCAUCAGGGUGACACUGCAGUCUCCCAGCGCUCCUUUACUUUACUUCAAAUGCUAGCAAUCGGCUGUGGAAUUUAUGAUCCGACUUUAACCGACUUGUAAAGAUCAAAGUGGCUUGGGCUUCUUUACUGUGAUACACUUAUUCAAUGCAUGUGCAGUACAUAAAAAAAAAAGUUAAAAAAAUUGAGUUUUCACUAAACACAAUUUUAAUGCUUGAUGAUGAUAGAAGUUGCACUCAGAGCUUUUUGGUGUUAAUAAAU